AUCUCGCGAGAGUGAGUGGGGUUAGGUGGUGGCCUCUCUGCAUAAAUAGCUGGGGGAGAGCCAUUUUUCUUCUUUUCUCUGCUCACGCUAUGGUUUUUGGGGGUAGUGAGUAUAGAGGGAGUCUGUAGGGUACUCUGGGGGCGCUAGUAAGGGUGUGUGGAGCUUGUGUUUCCGGGUAGCAGUGAGAGCGGUAGCUUUCUCCUUCCUGGGCUGUAUAAGAUUCAAGACCUGAAAAAUGGCAUUAGCAGCAAUUGAUCUACAGCAGAAUGCUAUAUCAAGGGUUGCCAACCUUCCGUUGGUGAGCUCCACCUACAAUAUGGUGUCCACAGCUUAUGUCACCACAAAAGAUAACCAUCCUCACCUGAAAUUAGUAUGUGAGAUUGUUGAAAAAGGAGUGAAGACAAUUACUUCAGUAGCUGUGACAAGCGCUAUGCCUAUCAUCCAGAAAUUGGAGCCACAAAUUGCAGUUGCUAACAAUUAUGCACGUAUAGGUCUGGACAAAAUUGAAGAGAAGCUGCCUAUACUGUAUCAACCCACCAACGAGGUUGUUGCCAAUGCCAAGGAUGUAGUUGUUGGAGCCAGAGAAGCUGUAAGAACCACUGUGACUGGUGCCAAGAAAACUGCCCACACAAUCACUGGAGUUGUGGGCAAGACUAAAGAAGCAAUACAAGGCAGUGUAGAAAUGACUAAGUCGGUUGUCGGUGGCAGCAUUAAUGCUGUUCUGGAAAGCUGUGCAGCACAAAUGGUGAGCUGUGGAAUGGAUAGUGCACUUGGCAAAUCAGAGAUUCUUAUAGACCAGUAUCUUCCAUGUACAGAAGAGGAGCUAGAGAAAGAAGUUGCAAACAUUGAAGGAUUUGAAGUUGGAGUUCAGAAGCCAAGCUACUAUGUUAGACUAGGAUCCCUGUCUUCAAAGGUCUGUGUGCGUACCUACCAACAGGCCUUAAGCAAGGCUAGAGAUGCUAAGCACAGAAGCCAAGAGACAAUCUCUCAGCUCAGCUACACUGUUAAUCUGCACAUUGAGUCAAGAGCACUAGCUAUUGCAUGGAGCCUCACUCAACAGCUUCAGACCACCUGCCUCACACUGGCUUCAAGCAUACAGGGGCUCCCACAGAAUGUUCAGGACCAAGUUUACACUGUUGGGUCAGUGGCAGGUGAUGUGUACAGGAGCUUUCGGUCAGCAUCCUCCUUCCGAGAAUUAUCGGACAACUUUCUGCCUACUAGCAAAGGACAGCUGAAGAAAGUUAAGGAAUCUCUGAAUGAUGUGAUAGUUCAUCUUUUUAACAAUGCACUGAUCAACUGUCUGGUAGGUCCCUUUUACCCACAACUGGCUGGCAUUUGGCGUACAAAAUGCAAAGGUGAAGGGGAAAAAAAUUCCAGCCAGGAAGACAGCCUGAACACAACUGAAUAAGUUGCAUAGCUUGUAUGUACUCUGCAGACUGACCAAACAAGUGACUUAACAACUGUAGCUGUCAGGAUGUCUUGGAACAAAAUCCAUAACUUUAGGGUAGGGGAAGGAGUUGGUCAAAAGAUCAAACUUUCUCAAGAGUGUGAAGAAAGUACACUACCCACGAAUAGGCUGUUCUUAUUCUGUCUAAUGAAGCCUCUCUAAAAGAACAAAAUACCUUUAAGUGUCUGAAUACCAGCAGCUUACAGUUGUCAAGAUGCCUUGUUUGUUAAGUUCAGAAACCUCAUGGUUCUUAAUGAAUGCUAUAACUUUAAAUGAAAUUGAGCACAACUAAAAGCCUUUGACAAGCAGUAUAAGUGCAUCAAAGCAGGCCACAAAGCUUUUAAAAGCCUUGCAGUAUAGCUAGGUACACUUUGUUGCAGAGCAAGCACUUGAUUAUUGUGGCUCUGACUGUGCAGCUGUCUCAAAUUAUACUAGCAUGUGAGUUAUGAAAACAGUUCUGCGAGUGUAAAAUUCCCAAGCUGGAAAUGAAGUUUCUGACAGCUGGAGUUGCUUCAAUGCAGUGACAGUGCUAGUAAAAACUUUCUUUUGUACUACACAACCGAACAGCUAUCAAAGCUUAUUUUUUAUGUGCACUUUGAAAACAAGAUUCAUGUUGUUUGUACCAGGGUAUCUGGUCUUGUGUCGUCUUGUAGUUAUCUUUGUAACUCUCUUUGCAUUAUUAAUAAAGGCUUCAGUAGCUGAAGCCUAUCUCCACUUAGAAGGUGGUUUAAAAUAAAGUGUAACUUGGGGUCCUGUGACUCAUUUGAACCAGGUUUAGGAGAAGGCAAAUUUGAAAUGUCAGUGAAUUGGAAACAUGCUGCUGGUUUUCUAGUCAACAUUGAAUUUAUUUCUGUAUAGCUGGGUCAGAUGUUGCUGCUGUAUCACUUUCUCCCUCUGAGUUCCUGUAUGCCUUUCUGCUCUUAGCUUUACUGCUCCUUGUUGGUGCUUCCUCUUACCUCCCUCUAGUGAUGCUCUAGAGUGAAUUGAUGGUAAAAAAGGAGGCUAUGGGUAAAUAUCUUCUGCCCUAACAUAGAGUUAAUAUAAAGCUUUUGGGGGCCUGUGUGGAAGCAGAGACCAGUUAGUCUGGUGCAAAAAUGGAGUUUGAAACAAUGCUCCUUAUGUAGUCAAGAACAGGUUGUACAUGGCUACAUGGAGCACUGCCCAUACCCAGUGGUGUGGUGUAUAUAACUUGCUUUAGUAAAUAAAGUACAAUCUACAGCCAUUGUAAGAUGGCUUCACUAAACUCCUGCUCCGGGGUUUCUGUAACAAAAGCAAAUGUCUGAAGCUGGAAAUCAAAGUGGCUCUUUAUCAUGAACUGAGCAUGGGGCAGUGAGUAUGGAGGGAAGCCUUUCCAGCUGGAGUGAGUUAAGAACUUUGGGAUUCUUCCAGCAGUGGAGCUUUUCUCCACACACAAAGGAGUGCAGAGGCACCACAGCAGGUGCAGGAGCCCCAAUAACCCAGUGAGAGAAAUGGCUCUCCUGGGACAGUCCUGGGAGGGGCUGAGGCAGGGGCUCCAUCUGCCCCAUGGGCUGGGGGUGGCACCCAUCAAGAUGAGUCAAGGGGAGAGGCUCUCUGGGUCACCUCACAGGCUGAGGGGGGGUUACUGCCUAGGGGUAUGGGACACAUCAUGGGAUGCAGGGAAGUGCAUUUGGGGAGCACACAAGACUUAUCAUGGGAUGCUUAGGGGAGGAACCAAAGGCAGGGAAAGGGAGGGAUCAAGGUGGUUUGGGGAGGAACAAACUAGGAAAAGGGAUUAAAAAGGGCCAGUCAUGUGUGAAGAGGCUGCUGGCCAGUACGCUUGCCUGGCCGUGCCCCGCGCCUGAUCGGUGCUGUCUGGCCUGUCGUCUCAUUAGACUCCAUUUCUAACUAUUUUCCUGGGUGAGGGGCUCUCUAUUCUGUAUGUGCAUGUGUGUAUGGAGGGCUAAGUGCCAGCCACUGGAGUCGGACCACGGGUCACAGGAGCCCGUGUGUCUGGGGUGCCAGGAACCGCAGAGACCAGAGCGUGUGCAUAUUGUGUGGGUAUGUAUGCUAGUGUGUGAUUGCUAGCACACAUCAACCUGGACUGGCUGGCGAGUAGGAUAAGAGGCUGGGGAGCCAGGAAUCAAAGCAGCCUUAAGUCUGGGCCAGAUACUGGAGAGACCAGAGAGUCUGCGAGUUGGCUACCAGGGGGUCUGGGGGUUGACUGAGACGCCUUUGCAUGUGUGUGCCUGUGCAUGAGGCAACUGGAGACAAGAGGGUCCAGGGGCAGCUACUAGGUAGCCUGAGUGCCUCAGCCCAGCUACUGGAGGGAUCUGCAGUGUAUAUAUGUAUAUAUUUCCCACUAAUAGACCUUUGUCCUGAUCAGCCAGAGAAGGGAACAGGAUGAGGCCGUUGGUGCCGUUUGUGUGAGUGAGUGUUUGUGUUGAUCUAUGUGGCUGGCCACAUGUAUAUGUGUGCUUGUACACCUAUGGGAAAUACAUGCUCAGAAUCGCUACUGGAUGGACCUUGGGACAUGGAACUGCAGCAGCCUCACUUCUAUUGGGCUACCAGAUUCAACAACUUGUAACAUUGAGAUAUUGUUUUAUAUUUGUUCUCCACUAAAUCUAAAUGCUGGCAUAAAAUUCUGCUCAUUCAAAGUCUUAAACAGGUAGCUUCAUUAAUAGUGCAGGAUAAACACAGUUGCAACAAUCAGAGCCUGGUUCUACUGUAAAACAAUGUUUAAAAAAAAAAAAAGAGAACUGCACAACACUAACUAGUCAACAUUUAUAAAAAGAGCUCUGUUAUUUUGCUGGGAGAAUGAUGUAUUUUCCAGCAUGAUCCACAGAUUACAAAAGGUAAACAAUCUAUCAAACCUCUAUAGAAAAAAAUGCAUUAAUCUGUAAUGAAAAAGACAUCUUAUAGCCUGAGAAAUAUUGUUCAAUAGAGAAAUGUCAUGCCUUUUGACAUUUUAAAAUUUAUUGUUUCUCUUUAUUUUUAUCUUAAGAUAGACAUGUUUAUGUUUAAAAGGGCUCUAUAAAAGGAAAAAAGGGAAAAUAUUAGAAAUAAGAUAUAAAUAUAAAAUGACCAGGCUGCAGAAGAAUAUAAUGACCCUGAUCUGCUUGUAAAGGUGAAGGCUUUACACUUACUUUAUGACAAUACUGGGAUUGCACAGUGGCCGAAAAGGAACAUCUGUAGGAUGAUUAUUAACUGUGCAAGUGUGUCUUUGCAAAGUCCAUACAGCUCAGGAGGGAUCCCUGCUCAGGGCCAGCACAAGCUAACCUGCAGGAAAAUGUCAGCAGGAAGCUGUAUAUUUUGGCCAUGAUCCAUAUUUGGGAUAUUCCUUGGUUCCAACAUGUUACACACCUACUGUGGAUGGGCCAUGGUCUCUACUGCAGCCCACAGUAGGAAUAAAUAUGGAUGAGGUGUAAUAUGGUCUGCCUCUUCAUCUCAGGAGUGCAGUGUUGGGCUUUAUUUCAUUUUUUUGUAAUUAGAAAAAGCGUUCUGAAAAAUGUCAGCCAUUACUGGCUGACCUGUCUUUGAAAAAGCAACAAAUGUAAAAUGCAGGAAACUAUGCACAUAGCAACAGGAUUGGAGAGACACUGAACAAUAGCCCUUUUUCCUCUUCAGCUUAUUUGCUUCAAAAAUGUGAUAGAACAAAACCUGAAAAGGGUUCCUUUUAGGCAGGUUGAGGGAGGGGGAAUAUCUUUGGAAAUUCUCUCUUAUUUGGAAGUUUUUUUUGACAGCUCACCAGUAGCCUUUAGUCAUUAUUUUGUAGUUGACCAAUCUGUGAGCCAAAGAGGAAGAUGUUGGAAGUGAAAGUCUGUGCACAGAUCCUUCCCUUACCCUGUCUCCUGAGAUCUCAAAGUCCCCUUCAUUCCUUAUUGAUUUGGGUAGGUCUGUCAUAUUCAAUGCAAUUACAAAAAAAAAAAACCAACCAAGUACAAGCAACUUUUAGAAAUGUUUUUGAACCAUCUCUCUCAAUAUUAUGCCUCUAUGGUAUUAGCUUUCUGGUAGAGAGAGUACAAAGAGCUCUAUCCUAGAACAAGCCAGGAAAAUAGAUACAUGCACAAUUGCUGUGAUAAAUUGAGAGAGAGUAUAAGUCAAAUAAAUAGCUGCUCAGUAGCAAAACUAUUUAAUUAAUGCUGACACUGCGCACUAGUGAAGUUCCUUGCGUCUCCAACCUUUAGCUGUUCAGCUCCCCAGUAAUAUUAAAAAACAGUGUUAUGUUACAGGACCAGCUGAGGUGGUAAGCUGUGUAGCCAACUGAAUCUAGGCAUGGCUUUUUCAAGAAUUGCUUGAACCAGCUAAAAUGAUGCAGGUCUCCAAAAGAGAGACAACUAGUUACUGUCAGUUAAGCAUUUGACAUUUCAAAGCUUGGCUGUAUAAUAUAUUUGAUUCAUAACUAAUUUUGAAAAGAUUACAAAUGAGGAUUGAUCAACUGAAAUAUUAGUAUUUGGACUAAUUUGCCUUUCUCUCUUCAGUUCAAAGAUUCCCUUGUGGACUGAGAAGCCCUGAGAGAUUCUACCUUCCCCCUACUUGGUCUUGUUUAUUUUAACUGUUCUAAUUGUGACAUCUUUUCUACAGUCAUUUUUUUUAAAAGAUAAGGGUUCACCUAGGUAACCCAUCUAUUGUAGUUUCUCUUAAUGAAAUGAAAGCAACCUUUUAAAUAUUUUUGGCAGGCAAAAAAGGCACCAAGGUUAGCAUUUGUUAUGAUCCCAGGAAGAAAGGCACUCACUCUUGUAAGGUAUUGCUUAAAAAUAUCAUUUAUUGGGACUAACACAAGAAGGAAAAAGAGGAUAGAUAAUCUUAUGUCCCUUCAGAUGUUGGGAACCCCAAAUUGUGCAGCAUCGAAUGGGCCUCCAAUCAGGGCACAGCACACUGUGCAGAUCCCAUCCAUGAUGAGAUUCACUGUCAUAUGGUCUUUAGAGCUCUUAUAGGAUUUUCUUAGAAGAAACCAAUUCUAUUCAUCAUGCCUACUGUCAAGCAAAGGGAUGUUCACAUGAGAACAUGCAGCUUCACUUUUAGAUAAAGAUGAGGACAUGCAGGUGGUGUAAUCGCUGGUGCCAAGUGGGAGCUGCCUCCAGGCUCCUCUGUUAGGAUUAGCUGGCUGAGUUUAUCCUGCGGCCAAGGGAUAUGUGCAGCACAGCACAGGCCUGAAGGCCAAGCUGUACGUGCAGCACAGCACAGGCCUGUGCCUACUCAAGUUAACUGUUAUGGGGAUCACUAAGUCCUUGAUGUACAAUGGUCUUCUGGUUAGGAACACUACAGGGGGUGUAUACGUGGCUCAGCCGAACACAGAGUAUAAAAACUGAACAACAAACAAAGAAUUUUGAUGAGAGCAACAGGCUUGAGCUGGUUUCAACCCAUGUAUUCCUUCUCAGAAAUGAGAAUCACAUUUGUAUUGUGAUUCAACUGUAUAUUGCAACUGCUAUAUGCAUAUAUGAUAUUUUAAAUAUCAAAGCAUGAUGUGAGUUAACAAUUAUAAGUUCUUAAAGGUCUAGUAACUAUGCUGUACCUUAUAAACAUUAUAUACUGCAACCUUAGUGCAUGCUUUUAAAGAUUUGGCUUUAUUGAAACUACAUUUUUUCCUUUGUUUUUCUGCUGAUUUGGCUUAUUUCCCCUUCCAUGUAUCAGUGCAUCUCAGAUGACCAAUGGGCAUAAAUAAAUCCUUAUCAAACAGACUGGAUGCAAAAAUAAACAACUUGAAUUCUAAA